CAAAAUCGUCUUCGCCGAAGCAAGAAGUUAAAAAGGCAGGACGGACAUUGCCGCUAGACAGUCAAGUCCAUCACGUAAUCGGGAGCUUCUUCGUAGUUAGUGGACUGUCACCAGAGGUUAACGUCAUCAAGAACGCUCAGCGAUGGUGUUCGAUAGGAAGUGGUUUAUUAUAUUGAUAUGUUUACUUGUUGAAGUCUGCAGUAGACCGCAACUGAACGAUAAUGCAGCUCCACCAUCAGUAGAGUCGAAGAAUGUAAACACAGAAAGUAAACCUGACCAAUUACAAAAAAUAGCUGAGAAAACCACAGAUAUUUUGGAAAAAAUAGCAGAAGUAAACAAGAAACAUGGUUUGGAUAAUAAAACACAAAAAUCAGUUAGCCCUCAAAAACCUACACUAGGCCUUCCACGUUCACAAAAUCAGCAUAAUGUUCAUUUUCUUAGCAGUAAACUAGAAGAAACUGCACGCAGUGAAUUUAGAUUCCCAACAAGUCCUUUUCAAAAUCCAAUUCUGGAAUUCUUAGAACAAGAAAAAGUUGGAAACCAAAACAGUAAUCAAUAUCCAUCAGUUUAUGAAAUAACAAAUCGUCAGUCUCAGGACUUAACUCCUGCUCAAGGUUUUCAAAUAACUUCGACGGAUCAUAAUGCUCAAAUUACACCAGAAGAUGUAAUUCCUGGUCAAUCGAUCAAGCGAAAAAUUGUGCAUCAGCAAACUGUUUUGGUUCCAAAUCCUAACUAUGCAAUGCAAACUCCGAUGGGAUACCAAUACCCUUUUCAAUAUCCGGUUGCACCAAAUCCUGGCGCUUAUAAACAAAAUCCAGAAGGUACCCCUGUAGAUACAAAAUAUUUAAACAAUCUUGAAAAACAAACCAUCUCUAAUAUCAGAAACAUUAUUAGUAACUCUCAGAAUCAAGGAUAUCCGGCUUAUUAUAAUACGUUUUUACCAAUCGAUAAUAAUCCCAGCCAAAAACAACUCUACGGUUACACUUUCCCCAACAAACCUGAACAGGAACAACCAAGUCCCUUAGGUCAAGCUCCUAAUACUGAUAAUAGUUACAACAUAUACAUACCGUACCCCACUGUUGAAACAUCUAGACAAAACUGGAAUUGGCCUGGUGCUAAUUAUUUUCCGGUACACAUCAAAGACCCUUUUCUCCAAAUGUACAAUGCCAUAACUACCAUGAUAGAAUAUGGUCCAAAUGCUGGGAGUCAAAAUCCGUGUAACAAGGGUAGAAAUCCAGUCACAGGCAAAAUCAAAUCUGACAAUAUUAUCAGGGAGGCGAAGAAUUCUGAUGAGGCCAAAAUUAGCGUUCAAGUUGAUGGUAGUCGUUCUUCUCCUCAGAUAUCCAUAAACGGAGAUGACAGAAAUGGUACUUACUUGGAUAUUGAGGAUAUUGAUAUAGGUGCUACAGGAGAUAGUAGUCUAAAGUUCACUUUAAACCUAAGAAAGGAAGAGAGAGAAGUAAAAGACGAUACCGAUGACAUUGGAACGGGUAGAACUAGUUGGGAUAAAAUUAAGGUGACCGGAAAGUCCAAUUCGUUGGUUUUAAAUACAAAUUCUUCUAAUGCUAGGCAUAGUAGUAAAUUUCCAUCUGAUUUUCACAAGGAUUUAAGACCAAUUACCGUUGUAAAGAAUGGACCUAUCAGACCAACACAAGCUCCAAUCGUUUCUCCACCAUCAAGAGAUCCUACAAAUCAAACCGAUGAGUUUGGAGAUGAAAGUGAAGAAGAAAAGAGCGAGGAAAUAAUAUCUAAUGACAACAAUAAGAAGCUGUUUAGUCGCGAUAAUACCGGAAGUGGUGUGUUCAUUCAUAGACUAAAAGUAAGAAAAGGAGGUGUUGCAAUUGCUGGACCUGGUGGUAUAGCAACUGCAGGUAGCGGUGGUACUGCUAUUGUUGGUCCCGGUGGAGUAGCUUAUACUCAGCCUGAUAGUCUUGCCAUUGCUGGAUCUGGAACCAAAGUUGUAGCUGUUGACCCUACAGUUAAUUUAGGUGAUUUGGUCAAGGAAAAUGGUCUUCCAAAUAAAACAAGAUUUGAUCCUGUAUUUCCACCUUCUAGAAUAGGAAAAGUUGUAGCUGUGGGACCUGUCAUUUACUACAACAAAGGAAAAGAAUUUUCCAUCAUCCCUAUUGGACUACGUUUUCCAAAUUGGCUGCCUCAUCCAAAUAUACAUCAGGUUGGAUUUUAUCCAUUUCCUCCUCUUCCGCUCCAACAACAGAACAUUUACCCGUACGCUUAUCGUCUUAUUCCAGAUGAUAGCAAAACUCCUAAAGAUAGUGUAAUUACGAACAAAUUAACUAAAAAUAUCAAAGAGGUAGUUCCAAUAUCCGAUAGAGAAGAUAAAAAAUUGGCUAAUAUUCAUGAAAUUAGUAGUAAAGAUGAACUAGAGGAAAAUUCCUUAACACCAGAAUCUAAAAACUCUCAAUUAAAUAUCCAAAAACCGCCUUCAUUAGCUCCCUAUAGGUUUCAUCCUCUUCUAAACUACAUAAAAAAUGGAAAUACGAUCAGACCAGACAAGAUUUUACGUUUCAGGAAUACUGAUAGCACUAAUGAAGAUGUUACUACGUUAAUUUUAAAACCAGUAGCCAGAUCAAUAGCAGGUGUUGACGGUAAAGCUAUGGCCACUCCUGUUUCAAAGGCUAUUCUUAGGAAAGGUACCAGUGUUGAUAUACUUUUUGAACCAGAUGCGAUAGCUAUAGCAGGGCCAGGUGGAAUCGCGCAUGCGGAGAGUGAUCUAGAAAUUAGUUAUGAAGAUGAAUGUUUUAGGUUAAGUGACAAAAUCACACUAAUUCCAUUCUACGGGGGAGGAAAAGGACAAUCUCUUCAAAUUAUAGAAAAGUCAGACGGCUCGGUUCAUACAUCCAUAAUUAAGACGCCAACAAAAGAUGAAGAAGAUGAAAGCACGGGUAUAGACAACAUAAUUGACACAUCUGAGCUAGAAAAUCCACCCCUUCCAUCAAAAUUCGAUUUAGAAGAUUUCGGAAGGAAUAUAAAAAAUAUACAAAGCUAUGCUCAAAAGAUAAUAUCGUUACAAGAAAUUCUCAAACAGAAAGGAAAAUUAAGUCCAGCUCAAGAAGCAGCGUAUAAAGAAAAUAUGGACAGCUUAAGUUCCUCUGCCUUAAAAUUGGCUGAAAUACAAGAAAAAAGCAAUCCCAUCGGACUAGAAAACAGAGAAGGUAUAAGUGCUUGGCUGGAAAACAAGAAAAAUUCAAACAACAAAAAUAAAAACAAGAAGAAGGAAGAAGAUAGGAAAAAAGACGAAGAGAAAAAACGAAAAGUUGAUGAAGAAAAAAGAAAAGAGGAGCAAAAACGAAAACAAGAAAAAUUAGAAGCAGAAAAGGAAAAAGAAAAGGAAGGUGAAAAGGAAGAAGGCAACCAAGGAGAAAAAGAAGAGGGAGAAAAAGAGGAAGAAGGUGACGGCGAUACCAUUGGAAUCGGUUUACCCACAGAUGAUGCUUCUGUGGCUGAAGCCAGACCCGUUGGACUAGCGGUAGCAGGUGAAGGUGGCGUAGCUGCCAGUAAACCAAUAGCUACCGCCGUAGUAGGUCCAGGAGGAUUAGCAAUAGCCAGACCAGUAGGAACUGCAAUAGCAGGAGUAGAUCCAGCGCAAGCAUUGAUACCAAUUCAUGCGGAGAACUAUGUUUUAGGUUCGAAACCAAAAGGGGGUCACACUGAAACGGCUAAUGAAUAUCUAAGCAAACUGAUCACUAAAUUUCAUCAAAACUAGUAGAUAUAGAAUUUGUGAUAAACAUAUUUUAAAGACUUGUGAUGAAAAUACUUUCAGUAUUCAAUAUUGAUACAGUUUUUAAUAGGUUUAGUACAACGUUUUAAGUAUGUAAAUUACCUUUAAAAAACUUCCUUAAAAACUACCAUAUCCUUCUAUUAGUGUCGAUUUGUCAUCAAGUGUUAGCGAUCGUUAUAAUUAUCCUUACUUUAUUGGCAGCAACGAGGAAAAUCCAUAAAAAACGUUUACCCUAACAAUAUUUACAUUCCAAUAAUAUAUACAAUAUAGGUAUCUUCUUUCUUUUUCUUCCCUGCUUGGCUGUCUUUAGCAACCGCCAACCAUUUGGCUGGACCCUGGUUAUGUGGUCAAUCAGUUUAAGUGUGUCACGAUGUAUUUUCUUCACUCUGUUUCCCUGGUUUUAAGUCCCCAGUGUACGCAAUGAACAAAGAUACGACCUAUUUCGGACCCUACUUUAAAGUAAAGAACUCGGAAAAGAAGUCCAGUAAGAAGAAAAAUAUCCUGGCUUCAUAAGCUACGAAAAUGGUUUAGCUGGACUACCUCCGGCCUCUUUAUUGCAGAAAUCAACAAAGUCAAAAUAGCCAUGAUAGUUUCCAAUAUCUUAACGGAUAGAGACAAUAAGAAAAAAAUUCAUUUUUCCAAAGAAGAUGAGUAACAUAUACGAAGAACAAUAAAUGAAAUUAACAAACGAAGAACAAUAAUAAAUAUAAAACGUGUUCUAUAACUAAAAAUAACGAAAAUAUUUUUUACUUAAAGAUUUUGUCAGUCUUGGUUUAAGGAAAAUCAAUAAAAAAAAUCAAUCAAGCCUUUAAGGUUAUUAUAGGCUUGUAGAGUAGAGCUGUGUAAUGUUAUGGCAGAACUGAGCAUACCGAAGAAACUAAUAAUUAAGCUCACAGAACCUUAUAUAGACGUAUCCAAAAGUGCAAUUAGGAUUUAAGGAAAACUCGAUUUUAUUUACAAUUAACAGUGGUUCUCAAACAGGGAAAUACAUUCGAGUCCUCUUUAACAUUGCUUUAUAGAGCACCGUGCGACAAAUAAACGAAACAUGGAGGAUGUAAAUCUCAAACUGAGAACCCAUUGAAAAUUGCUGAAAGAAGAAUUAUUGGAAGCAGAUAUGGACGAGUUAAAGAUAACAUCACCGAUGGAAAACCCAAGAAUGAGAUAAUAUUGCAGCCUAUUUACGUGCUCUAUUUUUAUAUAAGGGUGUAAUUUUUUUCCGAGAAUCUAAAAGCUCUAAUAAUCAUGAGGGAAUAUAACAAAGGUUAGAUAUAAUUAACAGUAAUAUCAUAAAAAUAUAUAGAUUUUCUUCACAAGUCUGAAAUUUUAAUUGUUAUUUAAGCAUGGCCAUAAAAACUUACCCUAUUUAUUAUAUGUUUAUUUAAUAAUAAUAAUAAAACAAAUAUUUUGUAAA